AUGCCUCGACCAAAAGGGAAAGUCCCCUGGAUUGAAUACAACGGCGUGACGAUUAGAGACUCACAACUGAUCAUGCAAUGCCUGGAGCAAGAGUUUAAGGUGAACCUAAAUGCCCAUCUAGCCUCGAAAGAGCGAGCAAUAGCCUGGGCUAUACAGAAGUGGAUCGAAGAGUUUACAUAUUGGUUGAAUGUUUACACAAGAUGGGUGAUUUUCAAUGAUGACAUGUUCAAGAUCCAGUCUACCUGCCCAAAGUACAUGAAGAUACCAAUGCGUAGGAAGGUUGAAAGCAUGCUGCACGCGGUCGGCGUUGGUCGCCAUAGCAAGGAAGAAGUUCAUGCGAUGAUGGUGAACGAUUUAAAACAGUUUUCAGCAAUUUUAGGCGAUUGGAAGUACAUUAUGGGAGACCAGAUAUGCGAUGUAGAUUGUGCCGCGUUCGGCAUUCUGUCCCAAGUCCGCUGGUGUACGCCGUCCGCCUGUCCAGGAAACGCCUUUCUGCAAGGAGGUGAAUUUAAAAAUGCCACAGACUACAUGGACAGAAUUCGAAACGAGUUUUGGCCAGAUUGGGGAGAUAUAAUAAGCAAGGCGACCUAA